AUGGAUACAGUAAAUGAUCUACACGAUGGGGGUGGUAAUUUACGAAAUCUAGGCGCUCGAAAAAGAUAUGUAAAAAUAUCUAGAGCGCUACAAUUCGAGUGUAUUGAUAAAAUUGAUUUAUUGGGACGUAUUAAACGUUAUGUACCUACAUCAUUUGAUAUUAAAUUGGUCCUAACACGUUUAGAAAAAAACAAAAUGCUGUUUGGUACAGAGGCUCAUUGUCAAGCCGUAGAUCUUCGUCUUGGAGAUUUUCAAUUAAAUGCCCCCAUUUUAAAACCAAAUGCUCAAUUAUCUGCGGCAAUCAACGAUUUGAUGAUUCAAAAAGGUGAAGAAUGUCGAUUUUAUCGUAUUUCUCAUCGUUAUGUUGCAAUACCUGUCCCAGUAAAUAGCCGUCAUAUUCAACACAAAGAUAUAUUUAAUGGAGCUCGUCCUACACGACUUAUAGUUAAAGUUGUCGGACAAGAUCGUUACAACGGCUCACAUGAGUUAUCCCCAUUUUCUAUGCCCUUUCCCGAUAUCGUUCGUUUGUCAGUUAGUAUUAAUGAAGCCGAAAUACCGCCGGUUAUUCAUUCUUCAAAGGAGGCUUAUAUUAAUUUACGUCAGCUUUUGGAUCGACGCCAUAGUGAAAUGCCUUUUACGUAUGAUCAAUAUGUCUCUGAUUACGGUAUGAUUGUCACCGAUCUAUCACCAAAUCGCGAUGGUUUUUCUCAAGUUUUACCCAAUUCGACAAGUGGAAAUGUGGGUAUAAAAAUUGAUUUCCGAGUUGAUACCCAAGCAGCGCAACAACUUAUUUGUAUUGGAGAGUUUAGAAAUCAAUUAAGUGUGGGUUAUGGUACACAAGCACGUUUAAAAUAUGACAUUUAA